UAAAGUCGGGCAGAAUCUUCAAGCUUCAUCCAUCAGUCUUGGUAUCCAUUGAAUGUGAUCGCAUAAGCAGGUCGCAAGGUUUAUUUACGCACUUACCAGGAUAACAGAGGCAGAGGAUAGCGCAUCUUCUGACGUCUCUCAAAGGGGCUCGACUUUUUUCGCAUGGAGGCUAAUACGUGAGGCCUUCUACAGGCUGCAAUGCCUGCACGCAAAACCGAACUACCACCACAUGGCCAUAUCCAGACAUUACUUGCCAACAAUCCGUGCACGCCCACGUCAACAUUAGCACAGGUAAAUAUGCACUCCUCUGUGCUCCUCACAGAACUCGUCGUAGUACGAGAAUGGCACCAUGAAGUUGUCCCACAACCGCAACAUCCACUGGCAGAGGCGACCACAGGAUACUGGAAGUUUACAAAACAUAAUGUUGCAUAUGGAGAGCCGCAAGUGUCCUUGGAUCGCUAUUAUUUCAGUGACAAGCUAUUGCAAAUGAGCAACAGAAUGAGGACAGCGAGGAUCCCGAAGGAUGGCAAGGAAGCCUACAUUGAAAAUCAUGGAAAUCAACAUGCGCAAGAGUAG